GAAGCUACCUUGACGCAGGCGAAACGCUGCGUAAGUUGCGGUGAAAGGAUGAUAUGUUAUUUUUAACAGUAAGCGUUUAAACUUUCUGAACCACUGCAAGGAAAGGGGUUGGAGAAAGCCGCCUGGCCCCUUGCUGCCUGCCCCGAGGGCUGCCAGCGGACCGGGCGGACGAGCGGGAGACCAUGGACCUGAGCGAGAGACGGCCCAACAAGUGGUGGACGGAGACGGACACCUUCGCCAUGCUGGCGCUCAUCGAGGAGCUGGACCUGGUGCACGAGCUGGACAAGAAGCGGCAGCGCAACGACUCGCACUUCCGCCGGCUCCGCCACGGCCUGGCCAAGCGCGACAUCCACUUCACCGUCAACCAGAUCCGCAACCGCUGGAAGAGCCUCAAGCACAAGUAUCGCAAGAUCAAGACGGCGGGCUACCGGAGCCCCGCCGCCCGCCUGUCCGCCAUCGAGGCCUUCCGCUACUUCCGCAAGCUGGACCGCAUGCUGGCGGCAAGGAGGCCGCGGGCCGCGGGCCCGGGCGAGGCCACCGGGGGGAGCCACAACCUGGUGGUGCUCUCCACCUCCGACCUGGAGGACCACACCGACAGUGAUGUUCCUCAGUCUUGUAUGUCCACGUGUUGGCAGGACGCCCUCCCGGGACCAGAUGGGGACAGCGAGGAAAGCAAGGGCCCCCCGGAGGAGCCGGGGGACUUCAGGACGCCCCGCUGGGACGUUGGGACCGAGGAGGUGGUGACUUUGGGGCUGUCGGGGGAGUACCUCUACCCGGUGAAGGCGGAGCCGCACCUGCUGUCUUCCUUGCGCAGCCUAGAGGGCGCCAGAGAGCCACCCGGCUGUAGCCCGAGGGACUCGCCAGGCGUGUGUGAUGACAUCAGCAGCCUGAUCCUGCAGCAGCUGACCAUCCUGAACCAUCAGCUGGGGGAGCAGCUGGCGGAGCAGCGGGCCUUCCACUGCAGCAUGCUGGGGCUGAUGGACCGCCAAAUCGAGGUCCUCCAGCAGCUCUCCAACUCCACCCGCACGCCCCCCGCCAAGGAGGCGGCCGGCGUGGAGCGGGACGCCCCCGUCAGCCAGCAGGUGCACGAGGCCCUGGUUCGGGUCCUCCGGGGCGUGGAGCAGGCCCAGGCUCAGGGCCUGGCGGCGUGCCCGUCCAAAGCCCCGCCCUCCGAGCCCCUGGCCCCGCCCUCCUGGACCGUCUCCCUGCUGGAGGUCCACCGGGGGUCCCCGCCUCCCGCGGCCGGCAGCGAGGCCCCACCCCCCGCCACCGACCCCGCCCCCGCCCCCCCCCCAGCGGCCCCCGGACGAGGGCCGGCCCGACCCCCCCGGCGCCCCCCUCCCCGAACAGCUUCCCCCCUCGCGGGGGGGCGUCCUGCUAAAUGGCCUUUCAAUCCGGUGCCAGCACAACAAGCUUCUGGAAACGUUCCUUAG